CACCACAAAUAUACCCAACUUUUGUCAAUUACACUUUAAUAAAGCUGGGGGAAGCAACUUUUUUUGGGCACAGCAUCCGGGUUUUAUUUACUAACUUUGGGAACAGAGAACCUUUAUCAAUUAAAUGGUAGGGAGCGCUGUGGAGAGAGCAUCCUCCCCAGUCCGGGAAGACAGGCAGAGAAAGGAGGCCUAGGAUGCCUGGGGCCCAGCUGCCUCUUCCCUCCUGGCGUCCCCAGCGGCCCUCGCUCCCAGGCCCCGCAGUCUCAUUUGCCGCGUCCGACGCGUGACCCCGGCGCGCUAGCGUCCGGGACCGGUGACAGGCGCGGGGUGCGCCAAGCGGUCCCAUGUGUCCCCUCCCUCUCGCGGCCGCCGCAGUCGCCGCGCCCCGAGCCCUGCUCCGGCUCCUCAACAGAGGGCUCGCCGCAGCCAUGUCUACCGCCGGGCCACUCAAAUCCGUGGACUACGAGGUGUUCGGGAGAGUGCAGGGUGUUUGCUUCAGAAUGUAUACAGAAGAUGAAGCUAGGAAAAUAGGAGUGGUUGGCUGGGUGAAGAAUACCAGCAAAGGCACCGUGACAGGCCAAGUGCAGGGGCCAGAAGACAAAGUCAAUUCCAUAGAUGGGGUCUCACUGUGUUGCCCAGGCUGUUGUCAAACUCCUGGCUUCAAGCAAUCCUCCAGCCUUGACCUCUCAAAGCACUGGUAUGACAGGCAUGAGCCACUGCGCCCAACACGGUCUGCUUUUGAUUACCACCAUGCAUCAGCAAUUCUAACCAAUAAAAUACUGUGCCUUGUUUCCCUUGCUCUCCAUGCCACUGACGUGAGGAAGUCCUGGCUGAGCAAGAUUGGAAGCCCUAGUUCUCGCAUUGACCGCACAAACUUUUCUAAUGAAAAAACCAUCUCUAAACUUGAAUACUCUAAUUUUAGUAUUAGAUACUAAUAGAAGAGAAAAAUUGUAAUGCUUAUACUGCACAAUAGAUACUAUAUGUUCUUAAGACUAUGUAUACUAGAAUAAUAGUAGUAGAGUAGGGUGAAAAAGGAACUUUCCGUUCUGAAAGCUAAGCGACUGUGUUACUAAAAAUGUCUGACACUGGAAUAAUUUUACUCAACUAUGUUUUCAACAAGCAAAAAUGUAGUAUGCUAAGAUUAAAAUGUCAUUACAAAAUAUUUAGUAUGAACAAUUUAAACUUGUCUCAUGGAAUCUUUAAUUUCAAUGAACAUUACAGCAUAUAUGACAUAUGUUAUUUGGCGAGACAUAAAAUAAAGUUAACCAUUUAAAAAUUA